ACUCCGAGCGGAGGCUGAGGGUAUUUGUUGCUGCGCCGCCACCGCCCGAACCAUGGUCCGCGCUUCUCACGGGCUUACCUAGCAGCAGCCUUCGCCGCCCUGUGAUCUCUGGUCGCACUUCCUUCUUCUACUCCUGCUGAUCCGCUAUGACCGUCGUUUCUGUCCCCCAGCGGGAGCCGCUUGUUCUGGGCAGCCGCCUGGCGCCCAUGGGCUUUUCCGCCCGCGGUUACUUCGGGGCCCUCCCGAUGGUGAGCACGGCUCCGCCGCCUUUACCCCGGAUCCCGGACCCCAGGGCGCUGCCCCCCACCCUCUUUCUCCCUCACUUUUUAGGGGGAGACGGUCCCUGUCUGACCCCUCAGCCUCGCGCCCCAGCGCCUCUGCCCAACUGCAGCCUCGCUUCAACGGGGGGCACCCCUCGCGCAGCACCAAAGAAGCGGCGAAAGAAGAAGGUGCGGGCCAGCCCGUCGGGGCAGCUUCCCAGCCGCUUCCACCAGUACCAGCAGCACCGGCCGAGCCUGGAAGGCGUGCGGAGCCCCGCGACGGGCCACAGCGGAGAGCAGCAAGUCCCGGACCAGGCCGCCGCCUGGGCCUCGGCUCCUGCAACCGCAACCCGAACUGAAGAAGCGAGCCCUUUCCUUGGCCCGCGGCCGCCCGCGGCGCCCGGCCAGCCCUCGUUCAGAAGAGAGGUUUUAAAAUCAAAGAUGGGAAAAUCGGAGAAAAUUGCCAUUCCCCACGGCCAGCUUGUUCAUGGUAUACACUUGUGUGAACAACCAAAGAUAAACAGACAGAAAAGCAAAUAUAACUUACCACUAACCAAGAUCACCUCUGCAAAAAGAAAUGAAAAUAACUUUUGGCAGGAUUCUGUUUCAUCUGAUAUAAUUCAGAAGCAGGAAAAAAAGCCUUUAAAAAAUUCUGAGAACAUUAAACAUAAGCAUUUGAAGAAAUCAGCAUUUCUAACUGAAAUGAGUCAAAAGGAAAAUUAUGCUGGGGCAAAAUUUAGUGAUCCACCUUCUCCUAGUGUUCUUCCAAAGCCUCCUAGUCACUGGAUGGGAAGCACCAUUGAAAAUUCCAACCAAAAUAGGGAGCUGAUGGCAGUGCACUUAAAAACUCUCCUAAAAGUUCAAACUUAGAUCUCACAUUUCAGUAUGUAUGUAAAACAUAGUUUUUCUAAAAUCCCUGGACUCUUGAAAAGUGGUACAGAAAUGGAAGGUUGCCUUGUUGGCAACAUAAAAGGGCAAAAGAUGAGUUUUAAAAAUUACAAACAGCUUGUAUUAUAUUUUAUAUUUUGUAAAUACUGUAUACCAUGUAUUAUCUGUAUAUUGUUCAUACUUGAGAGGUACAUUAUAGUUUUGUUAUGGAAGUAUGUAUUUUGCUCUGCCCAAAUGGCAGGUGUUUUGUAUAUAUACAAUGGAGAAAUUUUUAGUGUGCUAAGGCACAUGGAAGACCAAUUUAUUUGCACAAGAUACUGAGAGAUUUUUUUUCAAGAAACAGCUGUUGAAUCUCAAGGUGAAGAUCUAAAUGUGAACAGUUUACUAAUGCACUACUGAAUUUUAAAUCCGUGGCACAAUCAUUGUAAACAUGGGUUUAUCUGUGUUUCUCUAAAUUGAUUUCUGCCUUCUAAUCUGUAAUUACUGGAAAACUCCUAUUCCCAUUUUUACCAAACUUAAUUUCUGGUUUUUGGUUUGUAUCCACUUAAAUUUCAAAUUUUAAUGCCAACAAAAUCGGUUGUGAUCAAAUUCUAAAAUAAUAAUAAUUUGGCCCCCCCCUCAACUA